AUGUCACUAAUCGAAUUUUUAUCCAUAUUUCCAUGUAUAUGGUGCCUUUUAUAUGCAAAUGAAUCAAAUGAUUUUUGUAAAAAAGAUAAAUAUUUAAUUAUAAAUAAAAUUGCUGCAUUAUUUCAUAAACAAUGGCAACAAGUAUAUCGUCAACAAAAUCCAAAUAUUAAAACAAAUUUUAAAAAAACAUUGGAUAAAGAUUUCAUAGAUAAUAUAAAAAUGACGAUUAAAUUUAAUAAUGAACAAUUCAAAAACGUAUCUAAUGAAUUAUAUCUUUACUUAUCGAUUGAUGGUAAAAUUGGACGAUCAUUAACAUCUCCUGAUACUUAUUAUGUUGAUAUAUUAAAUAUGGAUUAUUCAGAAUUACCAAUUGAUUGGCAAAAUGAAAAUCGAGCAACAGCAACAGCUGGUUUUGAUAUAGUAAUUCAAACGUUACAACAUGGUGAAAAUAUAGAUACGGUAAUAGAAGAAUUAGCUGGACAAAUUCAUGAACUAUGGAUAUCAAGAAACAAUAGUACAAUUAAUCAAGAAUUACAAAAACCUUAUCAAGAAUUAGGAGAUAUUGAGAAAGAAAAAGAUCGAAAUGUUAUUAGAAUUGCGAAUCAAAUUAUUGAACAAGACUGUUAA